CCCUAUAUCGCUGCCAUCCUUCCUCCUAUCCUAGUCAGCUGUCGAGCCGAGCUCUUUAUUUUUGCUUGGCUGGCCAAUCCUUCAAUGUCUGGCGUGACAUAUGACUUUACGACCGCGGCCGCAACCCGUACACCUGAGGCCUCUCGUACCAAACUCGCAUUGAGACCUGCCGGCAUGCAUGUUGUAUGCGGCCCAACUAUGUCCCACGAACCUACGUACAUGGAUCAUGAUACAUUCAGACCCCGUGGGUGCCCAAUCGUCGGAAGCAUACCGGAAGCUUUAGCCGUCACAUCUGCUACUCUCGAUGAUAUCUCGCCCCUUGCCUCUCCAAAGCUCACUCUAGGAGGCACUAGUAUGAGAGUUACCACUACCGUGGGAAAGCAAUCCAUUGGCGAUCUACACGUACCUCAACUGUUAGCUCUAAAGCUUGCCAUACUGUCCGGCUCAGAACGGGAGAGAGAGGGGGGGGAUACUUCCCCUCCCUACGUGAUCCCAGAUCAAUGCUCCUGCGGACACUUUUGGGCAGAAGUGCAGCCGCGGAGGCCUACAAGUACUGGUAGGAAGCCCCCAAGACCGGUCGCUUCAAGAUCUACCCCCUUUCGCUUUACUAGGCCGCCCAGGAAUCCUGUACACACCAUACUAACGCAUCAUGGAGCCUGCUGCAGACGGCGAGGAGCCGGCCUAGAUUUGUGACUGGGAUCGCAAUACAUAGUCUAUCCUCACUCCCCUCCAUGAACCGAUGAUAUGCAUGCCCCGGUUGUAUGAAUGGCAGUCUACUUAUCAGUUGAGCAGGUCGGCCGAUGCUCCUGUUUCAGGCAGGCUGAUCGCUGUCAUCAAAGACACGUUGUCACUCAACCCCGAACAUCGCCGGCUGCUCCAUGAAGGUCGUCAUGUGGCAGGUGGAGCUAGAAACGCGCGCUCGAGACCCCGCCCUCCCUUCGGAACAACUGCCGACAAACGAAGUUGACGGUCGCUCACGAUCCUUUCUCCAUUUUGGGCUGUUUAGCACGGUGCGAGGAGGCGAUGCCAACAGAAAGAUUUUCUUUUCAUCAAAGAGCGCCUCACGGGCACAUAGACAACGUAAGCCGCCCUACUCGAUCGGAUCACCGACAGCCAGUCAGACCAGCCACUCGCUUCCGCGGGUCGUCCUCGAAUGAGUACCGCCGGCAGGUCGUGGACUCUGACGACCUCGAUGAAAGUCUGCCGUUGGGCACUGAGACGCCCUUGACGACGCUGGGCUCCACUGCCUGCAGCUGCGAUUUUGUACAACGCAUCAAUAGCAUCAUCCCCCCCCUUUCCCUUUCUCUCUUGAUAUUGUUCUGCCUUGCCAGCAGCAGGAGGCGAGGGC